CCACCUCGCAGACUCUUUACGCUUCAGCUCCUCUCCGAUUACGAAAUCCUCCGAUCUCCAAUCUCCAUCAUCGGUAUCGUCCGAUACUUUCAGAUAAAAAUCGGAAUCGGAGGCGAAAUGGGUAAUUGCAAUUCGUCCAGUUCGACGGACGUGGCCACGGCCAAGCUGAUCCUACAAGACGGUCGGCUCCAGGAAUUCUCGUACCCGGUUAAGGUUUCCUAUCUGUUGCAGAAGAAUCCCACGUGUUUUAUCUGUAACUCCGACGAGAUGGAUUUCGACGACGUCGUCUCGGCCGUGAACGACAACGAGGUGCUUCAACCGGGUCAGCUGUAUUUUGCUUUGCCAUUGAGUAAACUCCGGCACCCACUACAGCCAGAGGAAAUGGCUGCAUUGGCCGUGAAAGCUAGCUCGGCUUUGAUGAGAAGUGGGGGUGAGAAAUGUGGGUGUCGCCGGAGAGCGGUGUCUCCGGCGGAUUUUUCCGGCGGGGAGGGGAGAUCUCCCAGAGGAGUCACCACCGGAAGUGGCGGCGGUGGGUUGAGAAGGGGAAGAAAUGGUGGUGGUGCUAUAAAGUUUUCGGCAAUGUUGAGUGCAAUACCCGAGUAGAGCUGUAGCCUGUAGAGGUCUUUGGGGUCAGUGGUGUAAAUACUGUAAUGAUUUGGGGUUCAAUUGUUAAAGUCGUAGAGCUAUUUCUGUGAAUGCUUUGAGCGUUUACUUUUGGUCUGUCGCCCAUUUAGGGGUCGUGUUCCAAUUUUGCCCCUAUUUAGGUUGUUGAGCAAAUUUACAUAAACACAAUGAUUGAUAUCAUUGAUAAAUGAUAAAUGAUCAAUGAUCGUUU